AUGACGGCAACGGAACAGCAACAAGAUGACUUCUCAAACGUUUCGUGGAGCGAGCACGUCCACGAACAACAAACUCGCAGUGUUCCUGAUGCUGAAGAACCAGGUCAUGACAUGAAUGCGACAACAGGUCUCGAAAGAGAUGCUCCGUCGCUGGGAAAUGAAAAGCUUGAGUGUACUGUUGAUACACCUAUCAAGGAAAAUGACGGCACCAAGGAUGCUUUUGUCUCGUAUCUCAUCACUACACACUCUACAUUCUCCUCCUUCCAGCGCUCUACCACCACUGUCCGCCGUCGCUUCACAGACUUUGUCUUUCUCUACAAACAACUCACCCGCGAAUAUCCCGCCGCAGCCGUCCCUCCUCUGCCCGACAAGCAGCGCAUGGAGUACGUCCGCGGCGAUCGCUUCGGCUCAGACUUUACCGCCCGCCGCGCCAAUUCUCUCCAACGAUUCCUCAACCGUUUGUCCCUCCAUCCUACACUGCGCCGCGCCCCGAUCCUGCACACUUUCCUCGAGAGUCCCGACUGGAACGCUACCAUGCGCACCCGCGGCUCGCGCGUGAGCUCUGCUAGCGAUCCCGGAUCUGCCGGUGUGUUUGAUAACUUUGCCGAUACUUUCAUCAACGCUUUCACAAAGCUGCAUCGUCCGGAUCGUCGCUUUCUGGAAGUCAAGGAGAAGAGCGAUAAGCUCGAUGAUGAUCUUGGACAUAUUGAAAAGGUCAUUGCGAGAGUUGCUCGGCGCGAGACGGAUUUGGAAGUGGACCUGCGUGAUCUCGCAGAGCAGUUCCAAAAGCUUAUUCCUCUCGAACCCCACGUUGAACCUGCGGUUCAUGGCUUUUCUGCUUCCAUUGAAGACACGGCGACUCAUCUGCGCAAACUCAAGGACAUGACCGAUCAAGAUUACCUUGGAUCUCUACGAGAUAUGCAAGCUUACUCCAUCGCCCUCAAGAACCUCCUCAAAGCCCGAGAGCAGAAACAGCUCGACUACGAACAACUAACCGAAUACCUCAACAAAUCCACAACAGAGCGUGACACCCUCCAGUCUGGCCACGGCGGCGGUUCCGGCGCAGGAAGUUUCCUCCGUGCCAAGAUCGAAGACGUCCGCGGGGUAGACCACGAACAAGCCCGUCGCGAACGCACUCGCAAGCUAGAACUCCGGGUCGAAGAGCUCACGCACGAGGUCGAAAGCGCGCGUAAGACAAGCGACAUGUUUGACGACGAAGUAGUCAAAGAAGUAGCCGAUUUCGAGCGUAUCAAGAGGAUCGAGAUGAAGGCGCAGCUGGGUAGUCUAGCAGAUUCGCAUAUUGAGUUUUACGGAGAAGUGGAGAGUAUUUGGGCGAAGUAUGUUGAGGAGAUGGAGAAGCAGGGAAUUACAAGCGCUUGA